GGGUCUUGAGUGCGGGCGGGACAGAGCCUCUGACGGUCCCUGGGAGUGGCAGCUCUCAGGUGUGCCCCUGCCCAGGUGGCCAUAUCUCAAGCUGCCUCCGCUUCCCACCCCCACCGUAGCUAUGUCAUCCUGCUUGGGUCUAGGACUAGUUCCACGUCUUUGAGCAUGCGUUAAUCUCUUCAUGCUUCCUUGCCUCAGUUUACCUCGGAGUCAGCUGAGGGAGAAGUCUUCUUUCCUUGUCAGCGUAGCUGAGGGCAACGGUGAUCGUAGAGCCGGAGCCGGGCAGCCGCGCCGCGUCGCACCAUGGCGCCCACCCUGGCCACUGCCCAUCGGCGCCGCUGGUGGAUGGCCUGCACUGCUGUGCUGGAAAACCUCCUCUUCUCGGCAGUCCUCCUGGGCUGGGGUUCACUGCUUAUCAUGCUCAAGUCGGAAGGCUUUUACUCCUACCUGUGUACUGAGCCAGAGAAUGUCACCAAUGGCACAGUGGGAGGCACCGCAGAGCCAGAACAUGAAGAGGUGAGCUGGGUGAAUGGUUGGCUCAGCUGCAAGGCCCAGGAUGAGAUUCUGAAUUUGGCCUUCACCGUGGGCUCCUUCCUGCUCAGUGCCAUCACCCUGCCCCUGGGCAUCAUCAUGGACAAGUAUGGUCCAAGGAAACUCAGGCUGCUGGGCAGUGCCUGCUUUGCUGUCUCCUGCUUGCUGAUUGCAUAUGGAGCAAGUAACCCAAACUCUCUCUCUGUGCUCAUCUUCAUCGCCCUGGCUCUGAAUGGCUUUGGUGGGAUGUGCAUGACUUUCACCUCUUUAACGCUGCCUAACAUGUUUGGUGACCUUCGGUCCACGUUUAUUGCCUUGAUGAUUGGAUCCUAUGCCUCCUCAGCAGUCACCUUUCCAGGAAUCAAGCUCAUCUACGAUUCUGGUGCCUCCUUCAUCAUCAUCCUGGUGGUCUGGGCCGGCUGCUCCGGGCUGGUUUUCCUCAACUGCUUCUUUAACUGGCCCCUGGAGCCCUUCCCGGGGCCAGAGGACAUGGACUACUCGGUGAAGAUCAAGUUCAGCUGGCUGGGCUUUGACCACAAGAUCACAGGGAAGCAGUUCUACAAGCAGGUGACCACGGUCGGCCGCCGCCUGAGCGUGGGCAGCUCCAUGCGGAGCGCCAAGGAGCAAGCCGCGCUGCAAGAGGGCCACAAGCUGUGCCUGUCCACUGUAGACCUGGAAGUGAAAUGCCAGCCAGAUGCUGCAGCCGCCCCCUCCUUCAUGCACAGCGUGUUCAGCCCCAUCUUGCUGCUCAGCCUGGUCACCAUGUGUGUCACACAGCUGCGGCUCAUCUUCUACAUGGGAGCCAUGAACAGCAUCCUCGAGUUCCUGGUCAGCGGUGACCAGAAGACAGUUGCCCUCUACACCUCCAUCUUCGGUGCGCUCCAGCUGCUCUGCCUGCUGACGGCCCCUGUCAUCGGUUACAUCAUGGACUGGCGGUUAAAGGAAUGUGAAGAUACCUCUGAGGAGCCUGAGGAGAAAGAUGCCCCCCAAGGUGAGAAAAAGAAGAAGCGUGACCGGCAGAUCCAAAAGAUCACCAAUGCCAUGCGGGCCUUUGCCUUUACUAACCUGCUGCUCGUGGGCUUUGGGGUGACCUGCCUCAUUCCCAAUCUGCCCCUACAGAUCUUCUCCUUUGUCCUGCACACGAUCGUGCGAGGAUUUAUCCACUCUGCCGUUGGGGGCCUGUAUGCCGCCGUGUACCCCUCUACCCAGUUUGGCAGCCUCACAGGACUUCAGUCUCUGGUCAGCGCACUCUUUGCUCUCCUACAGCAGCCCCUGUUUCUGGCCAUGAUGGGUCCCCUCGAAGGAGACCCUCUAUGGGUGAACGUGGGGCUGCUCAUCAUGAGCAUGCUAGGGUUCUGCCUGCCCCUCUACCUGAUCUGCUACCGGCGCCAGCUGGAGAGGCAGCUGCAGCAGAAGAGGGAAGAUGACAAGCUGUUCUUGAAGAUCAAUGGCUCAUCCAAUCGGGAGGCUUUUGUGUAGCACUACCACCUCAGAACUGGGACCUCUUGUCCAUGCUUCAGUGACUGACUGACAUACUCCUCCCCACCCUAGAGGACCCCACCCCCUCCCCACCAGGAUCAUCUCCUUCACCAUGUUGGAAUGAGUCCACACUUCUUCCCAGGGCCCUGGUACCUGCCUCAGACCUCAGUGGUGGAAGGAUGGGAGAGAGCCCAGGACAGGAGAGGAGAAGCAAGGCUGCCCUGGCCUUGCUCUUACCCCCCAAGGUCCCUAAGGGACCCUGAGGCCUUGGGUCUCAUGGUGACUGCAGGAGGAACGAAGGGUACCCUCCAGCAGGCAGGCUUGUUUUCUUGCUCUCUCUCAAGAGUCUGGAUUCUGCCUCUUGCCAAAGUAAAGGGGCCUGACAUCCACUUCCCACCACCUGCCCUUCAGCUGCAUGCCCACUGACCACGCCUGCCUGAGGACAAAGGCUUCACUGUCUGCACCCCUUGCCUGGCCCCUCACCUCCUCCCUUGGCCAGUCUGCAGCUGCCUGAGGAAGGAAGACCCCGCUUCCUGUUGUUGGUGCUAACCCCUUUGUAAUCGCAGCCCCCUGUGGCCUCUCCAUGGCCUGUUCUCUCAUUGGUGGCCUGGGGAGGGGAUGGAGGCCAGGAUGAUCAUACACAAGACCCCAGGGGUCAUGGGCAAGGCUGAUGGGUCAUCCAUCACUCAUCUCCUCCCUCAGAGUUGGAGGGGAGAACAUUUCCACUGCCACCCUGGGUCCAGUCUGCAACCUGAAGGGAAUUAAAUGGACACCACUAGGUCAGCCUUUCCCCCACUCCACCCCAUAGCUGUUAAUGUGGGGCAGUAGUAAGGCUGUAGCUGGCAGACAUGGAGGUCCAGGCCUAAGAAGGGAAGUAGAUUGGUGAAUGACAGAGGUGUGUGUUCUUCCCAUAGGGUGUGUGUAUAUACAUGUGUGUGAGAUGGUAGUGGGCUCUAAGGUUUGCCCUUAUCCCCACAGACCAGAUCAAGAGCCAGCUAGGUCUGCAGCAUUCCUAGGAUAUACCUGAGCAGCCUUUUUUUUCUUAGCCAGUAGCUUGUCCAUGGCUGUCGGGCCACAGUGCCCCCUGCUGGCAGAUUCCACCAGAGCCUCGGAGCUGUUUACUUGGAAAAGGCCAGUCCAGCCUGGCUCACUACCCCACUCACCUUGACCAUCCCUAGAAAUGUGUCUGAGACCUCCUGGGGUGCCAAGAGGAGUGGGUUGAUUUUUAGGUCUGUAGUUGUUUUCUCAAGUUUUAUCAGACUUAUUUUUAUAAAGCAAUAAACCCAUUUUCCUCCUGGUAA